GAGGUUGGUGUCACAUUACUAGAACUCCGGACCCGUACACGAGUAGAGACACGGUCGGAACAGUUAUUACGUCAAAACGAACGGAAGUGCACUGUGAUCAUGGAUUCAUAAAAAUGAAAAAUGGCCUCCGAUUUCUGCGAGGGUCUGGUACACCGGUGAUCUUGGGCAGCGGGGAGGUGUAGGAUCCACGAAAGAGUCGCCCUGCGACCCAGCGCAGGCGAAACGAGUCGGCCAACAUGGCGGCCAAAAUGUUCUGUGUUUGUGCCGCUUUUGUUGUCUGGAUAUCUUACUUGGACCACAGGACGUUGGCAGCCGAACACGUCCGUUGUCCCAGGUCGUGCAACUGUCUGGGAAACAUGGUGGACUGCAGUAAGAAAGGGCUGAUCGAUGUCCCCGUCGAUCUACCAUCGUGGGUCACCAUUCUGGAUCUAAAUUCUAAUGGAAUAUCUGCUUUACAUGAAGAUGAUUUUAAAGGAUUACCAAAUCUGGAAAAAUUAGACCUCAGUGACAACGAUAUCAAAUUUAUCAACAAAUCCAUCUUUCAAAAUCUACCAGCUCUACUUGAAAUAAAAAUUAAUUACAACAAACUGACAGAAUUGCCGAUGUUUUCGUUGAAUUCCACACUGAAUCAUUUGUCACUGCAUCACAACCAGAUAAUGACCGUGGAGCCUAAAGCCCUCGUGACAAUGCCAAAUCUUCGCUUUCUGGACGUGAAUUACAACCAGUUGAUGGAUUUGCCCAUAGGAACAUUUCCCGCUGGAUCAAAGUUGAAAGAAUUACAUUUGAGCAACAACAGAAUUCUCAGUUUGGAAGUUGGCUGUUUCGAUAAUCUGACGGCAUUGGAAACUUUGAAGUUGAACAAAAAUAAACUGUUUGAAGUUCAGAAGAAGGUAUUUGCCAACCUGACUUCAUUGAAAUUUCUUGAACUGAUGAGAAACAAGAUAGAUAAGAUUGAAGGUUUGGCAUUUCAAGGGUUAACAGCACUGCAGGUGUUAAAACUGAAGCGGAAUGUCAUCUCCAAUAUGAUGGCAGGAUCUUUUUGGGGCCUCGAAAACAUCAAAAACCUCCAACUUGAUUACAACAACAUCACGAGCGUCAACAAGGGAUGGUUAUAUGGACUUCAGUCGUUACAUCAAUUGUCAUUGGCUCACAACAAUAUAAAUAAUAUUGAACCAGAGGGACUGAGUUUCUGCGAACGUCUUCACAAAAUUGAUUUGUCUCGGAACAACUUGACGUCGAUUGAUGAGAAGAUGUUUGCUGGAAUGACCACACUUCAGGAUCUCCUGCUGAAUAAUAAUAAAAUAUCUCGUAUCGAUAUCGGAGCCUUUCAAGAUCUCUCCUCUCUCAGUAAUCUAGACCUGAAUUUCAACGAGAUAUCGUGGACUAUAGAGGACGUGAGAGGGGCGUUCUAUGGCCUGAAGAACCUCAAUCGCUUGAGUCUGAAGGCGAACCACAUCAAGUCAAUCGCAAGCGAGGCCUUCACGGGACUCGAGAAACUGCGACAACUCCACCUGGAGGAUAAUAACAUUACAGGCAUCCAGGAAAACUCGUUCGCGCCACUGGAAAACCUGAGAGACCUUCGAUUGAAUACAACAGCUCUCUUGUGUGAUUGUCAGUUGGCAUGGUUACCAACAUGGCUGCAGCGUUCUGGUUUUCACAAUUCGGUGAAGGCCGUCUGCAGUCAUCCAGUGAACCUGAAGGGAAAGAGUAUCUUCAGCAUCCAGCUUGAUCAAUUCACAUGCAAUGAUCAAGAAUAUCCCAAGCCAAUCAUUGUGGAGCAUCCAAGGUCGCAGAUAGCUCUCAAGGGAGACAACUUGACUCUUCACUGCGUGUCUGUGAUUACGGGAGAUAAGCCACCCAAGUUCCAGUGGAAGAAAGACAGCAUGCUCCUUCACCACGCGAAUGUCGAGAACCGUGCGACGACGGACGGUGACGUGAAGAGGUACACGACGCUGCUACACGUGUUCAACAUCCAGAAUGACAUGGCCGGCCGCUACCAGUGUGUCAUCUCCAGCGACUUUGGCUCAACUUACUCCAACAAGGCUGAUAUCAACGUGCAUGUAUUCCCUGUAUUCACGAAGACCCCGGUGGACAUCACAAUCAAGGCUGGUAAGACUGCCAAGCUAGAGUGUUCUGCAACUGGUCAGCCAUCGCCAGUGAUGGCGUGGCAGAAAGACGGUGGGGACGACUUCCCGGCGGCGCGUGAACGGCGCAUGCACGUGAUGCCGCAGGACGACACGUUCUUCAUCGUCAACACCAAGAGCAGUGAUGAGGGCGUCUACAGCUGUACAGCGACCAACGACGCGGGGACCAUCGCCGUCAACGCAACGGUUACCAUACUUGAAACUCCCUCAUUUGUUCAACCCAUGGAAGCCAAAAAGUUCUUCAAUGUUGGCAAGACUAGUGUUCUCGAAUGCAUGGCGGCCGGGAGCCCCAAACCGAAACUGUCAUGGCUGAAGGACGGCGAGCCGUUGAUUGUGACCCCACGUCAUUUCUUCUCGGCCGACAACCAGCUGCUGAUAAUCGUGGAGACCCAGAGCUCUGACUCAGGCAUGUACAUGUGUGAGAUGUCCAACACCCUCGGAACUCAGAAGGGCACCACAGAACUGAAGGUCAUACCGGCCGAGGCUCAACCUCGGGACUCGAAUGGCGGGACUUUCGGACUGGACGAUGAGUCGACAACCACCGGGAUCAUCAUCAUCGCCGUCGUGUGCUGCGUGGUGGGAACAUCUCUGGUGUGGGUGAUCAUCAUCUACCAGACGCGCAAGAGGCACGAGAUGUACAGCUCCACCCCGACAGACGAGACGACCCUGCCCUGCGAGCUGCCCAGUUCGGGGUACACGUCGUCUGAUAAAGAUGGAAGCUUCACACAGGCGCAGAUUGCAGUCCCCAGCUACCAGUACCAGAUUGCCGACUAUCAGAUGAAGGAAUCGGGCUAUGAAUCGUCGUCCGGUCGAUUCCGGGCCAAUGGCUGGGUUCGUCCGGCGGCCAUCUUCCCAAGUGAUGUGGACGAAGAUGACCGACAGUCGGUGCCGCUAACUUUAGGAGAGCAGCAGCCGGGAAGAGACUCUGGUGGUAAUAGUGUGUGUAGCCUGCACUAUCCACACAGUGAGACAGAUACGGUGGGGAGUUCCCACAGUACUUCCAGCACCCAUUCGGGGAUUCACCACCCCCUGCGGACGUUUCACCCGCAACUGACUAACCACGAUCGGUGUUCGCCUGGCGAAGAGUGUGAAAACAAUUGUGAAAACUCUGACAAUAACCGAACAUUAAACGGGAGUGUUCAAAGACUUUCUCAGCAGAGAGCUCCCAGUAUUUCUUCUAUACCAAGUUCAAGGUCGUCGGGUCUUGGGCUCCCAGAAGGGGAGUCAGGGUUUAGAGGUCACAAGUUGUGCUCAUCACCUCCUUCAAAGCCAUUAAAUAUUGCAGAAAUCCACGACAGUUCAGUUUGUGACUGUGAUGGUGAUGUUUCAUCAAGUAGGUGCUCUGUCCCCCACUCCCCCCAUGUACACAUCACAUGUAACCACAUGGAGCGCUUACAUAAUGCGGCAGAUUUGAAGCACAAGUUGGAGAACUCCCAUCACAAGCUGCCCAAUGGGACGUGGCAGGGUCACUAUCCAGUUGGGAACGCUGCUCACGAGCCUCAUCUCAAACAGUGUCCCACCAAUCACGCGGGCGUCAAAGUGAAAUCUCGUGACGCCACAAACAAUCUGUACACUGCCAUUCCAGUAUCACAACACCAUGGUUCACACAACAGUUCACAUAACAAGAAGAAAAACUGUUCUGUGGUCAAUGUCUAGCAUUGGCUGUUGGGGGGGAAAUUUCACUCAACAAAUUCUUAUAAUACGCUGUCUGUGAUUGGCUGUUGGUAAGAGAAAUUUCUCGGAUUCUCCUCUAAACAUGUCUGUGAUUGGCUGUUGGUAGAGAGAUUUCCUGGGAUUCUCUUCUAAACGGGCUGUGAUUGGCUGUUGUGUUCUCACACACACACAGGAGUGCCAUCAGUUGUGGCGAAAUCCACAUACUUUGACAACAAAAAGAAAAGAAAACAAAAGAUGUUGGAUGUCCCAUAAUGUGUUGCAGUUGAUGGACGCUAGCUGAAUAUUGCAAACCGAAAUCUUUAUUUUUCAGACGGGUAUCGUUAGGCUCAGGUUUGCUGUGAACAAAAUAAUGUGUACUUAAUGGUGCAAGACUUUCUACAAUGGACAGCACAUAUAGGGCAUUGAGUCCUGCCAAAAAUACCUCACCCCUGUAUGGUAUGGUAUACUGUACUGUACUGUACACUGCUGUAUUGUAUAUUAUACUGUACUGUACUUUAUACUGCAUGUUGUUGUACUGAACACUAUGCUUCACUGUAUUGUACAUUGUACUCGACAGUAUAUUGCACUGUACGGUAUAUUGUACAGCACUGUACACUAUACUGUACUGUACUGUACUGGGGAUCAUGUAAGAAAAUAGUGUAAACAUUCAAGUAUUGGACACUGGUAUUUGUGACAGUAACGUGGACAGGGAUUUCUUUCACAAAAUGGCAUAACAUGGUCAUAAUUGCAGACUUUGUGAGAUUUUAUAACUUUGUAUGGUAUUUUAUCAGUUUUUGUGAAACAGUCAUUUUCGUACUUUUGACUAAUAAAUAAAUUAGGGGUAUGGUAAUUUCGAGUGGCAUGAGGGAAGCAUGGUAUUACUAUUAUUAAUUUUUCCGAUUGUGGGAUUUGUAUUAUAAAAAAAAAAUUCAAAGGAUAAAUUUAUAUAAUUUUAUGAAUAUCUAGGGGAGGGAAAUGGGAUAUUGUAAAAUAAUACAAAAAAUUGGAAACAAAUUUAAUUACUUUUGCAUACAAAACAAAAUAAAACUGAUACAUGAAAACAAGAUUUAAAUAUCAAGAAAUCAUUGCAUUAAUAUUAUAUUACUGUUCAUUGUGGUGGGGGUGGGGUGGGGGGGGUAUGAAACCAGCAAAAACAAAAAGUGCUAUUUGAUUGAUUGACAAUGGUUAUGCAUAAUAGUCUGCAUAAUAAUAUGAUGUUAUAGUUCCACAAAUCUGAUUGGUUGAAUGUUGUCUGACAUCAUAAUUAUCUGUUGACAUGUUUUAUUAUAAUGAUUAUAUUUCAUGCAUAACAAAGUGCUUCCCGUUCUUCCUUUGAGCCAGUGUCCAGGCUGUGCCAAACCUUUUGUACAAUGGCAUAAACUACAUGUUGAUCGUUGGGUGAUAUAUUUGAUAUAUAUACUCUGGUAGAUACGUAAUUGAUAUCACACAAGGGAUCACAAGGGUUGGGGUGGCUGGGGAGAGAAUGAGGCUGUGUUGGAAUGAAUGCAUAUUACACUUUCUUGUCAUAUAAAAGAAUUUAGAAAACAGUCUGUCAUUGUUCUCAGUGUGAUAUUAUUUAGCAAGAGAUUUUAGCUGAAAACCUUUCAUAUAGUUCAGAUGUAUAUUUUUUUUAUAUUAAAAAAAUGCGUUAAUCUGUUGUUAAAAGCAUGACUAUAUAUACGAGGCAAUCAUAAAAAACCAAAAUGUUAUAUGUAUUUAAAAUAAUAUUUUUUAUAAUUAACAAAUAUGAUGUUUAUAUCAAAAAAAAGAAGAGAAAAGAUUUUGCUACUUUUGGUGAUUAAAUCAAGUGUUCAUUAUAUUAUAAUGAAUGAAAUGUUCAGUAUUUUUAAUAUUUUUAAAUAGAUUUGUUAUUCACUUAUAAAACACUAAAAAUGUUAUUUUUAAAUUGAGCUUCAAAAUAUAAAAUUUACAUAAAUAUUAAAAAUUUCCUAUAAUUAUUUUGGAUAGAUACACAAUUAAUUCCUAUUUAACUGCAUGAAAGGUUUUCAGUUAUGAUUUAAAUCUGAUGUUGAGAUGGGGAGGGGGGGGGGGGGGUGAUAGGGUGGGUUGGUGAUCCAGGAACAUUAUAGUGAUAUGUAUUUACUGCAUAAUCUGAUCUAGAAAUCCUUAGAGAGACUGACUCCAGUUUGAUAGAAAUCCAUUUGUUAUUUGUUAGAGCAUUUUAUAGAUUUAUUUUCUUAAUUUAGUUAAAUUUGUUUUUUGCACAUUUUUAAGACUGUUGAUUGAACAAUCUUGGAACAUGCUUUUGUGCAGACUGUUUCAGCAAAUUAUGAAAUGAAAUUAACGGCUUAAUUGUAAAACUUGAGGAAUAUGAAACCAAUUUUAAAACAUUUGAGAAUCCUAUACUUUGUAGCUAAUCAAUUUGUUUUAAAAAAUUAAAAUAUUAUAUGGGGGGGGGGGGUUUAAUUGGUGGGUUUAAUUUUUGAAAUUUUAUAUUUUGUCCUAUCUUUAACCUUUACUGUACAUUUUUUAAGAAAUAAUAUUGAAGCCAUUGAUUUUAUUCUGUUAGAUUAUGGAAAAAAUUUCUCCACUGUUGACUUUCUGAAUUAAAAACAUUUGUUUUAACUAAAAAGGUGCAUAUGUACCCUCAUUGGAAUUUUAUAUAUAUACUUACUUUAAAAAUGUUAUUGAAGGUUUUUUUAAAGUGUACCUUUCUCCCCUGAAAUUCUGUUAAUUCUUGGUAUGUAAAAUUACUUUUCUAUUUUGACCGUUAAAUCAAGUUAAUAUUGCUCAAAUAGAAAACAAAAAUCUUCUCUCUCUUUUUUUUUUUUUUUGCAUUAUUGUCAAAACUUAACUAUUGUCAAAUAUAAGUUUGGAUCAAAAAUCCAUUUUAUAGCAAUUUAACUUUCAGUGAGAGUAAUUUGUUAAUCAUUUGAAUGAUUUUGACCAUAAUCCAGCAAUUAAAUUAGAAUGGCCUGAAUGAAAACAGUAUAAUAGAGGGCAUUAGGAAUGCUGGGAAAUGUGGUCACAAAGUCUGCUGAUUGGUCACAAUAUUUGUUUCAUAUUUUGUUGCUGCCAUGGUUGAUUUUACGAUUGUGAUGUGUGCCAGAAGAGUUUUAUGUGUGGUAUGCUGUUGUUGUGAAUGAUGUUGCCAUGGAUACGUUUUACAUAUGGUUGUGAUGUAUCUGAUCCAGUGUACUUCCAUUUUUUGUAUAUUUUAUGAAAGUUUAAAAAUAAUUUUAAUUUUUGUCACUAUCCAAAAAUUGUGACACAAUUUAAUUAUUGGAACAUUUUCUAGAUGUUUUUGUUUUUUUAAUACAAAACUAUCACAAACCACUGUUGGGUGCUUCCAAUUAAAUUAUGACCAGUUUUUAAAGAUCUCGAGUACCUCUAAAAUCAAUCAUAUUGUAGUGCAAUAUAGAAGGUCCAUUUGUCUGUGUGUGUUUGGGUGUCCGAGUUUAGAUUGAGUGUUAAAGUAUGGUAUCGGGAGAAAUGAUUCCGCAUUAAAAAAAUUUUUUUAUUAAAAACUAAAAUAAUUAAAGAUAUAGUUUAAAUAGUAAUGUUUUAAUUUUAAAAUGUAUCAAACUCUUGGCCCAAUUUAUUUGUAGAACAUUUAAUGUAAUUUAUAAACUGAUUUUGAAUUUAAAUAUUUAAAAACAAAACAUAGUAUCUUGUAACCAUUAUGUACUUUAUACAUAAAACAUAAAAUUAGUGUAUCAUAAAACUUAAGUUAUAUUGUAAGAAUUACAGAGAUAAAAGUGUAAAAAUAAAAAUCAUUGUAAUUUAUAACUUAAAUUAUAUGAUAAAUAUUACAGGUAAAAAGUUAUUAGAACAUGCAAAAAACAUUGUUUGUCAAGAAACUAGUUUAUAUUCAAAAUACACACUCAAAAAUUGAUAUUAAAAAAAAUAAUCUUAUCGAAACCACAUUUUCCACUGUUUAUCAAAAAUUAAAGUGAAAUAUAUGAAUGCAUGUACAACAUAAACUGGAUGGAUGCUGUUUUUUUCUGAUUGGACUAUGAGAAGAAUGGCGUGUGAAAGAGUUGUGUGGUAGAAUUGUAUAUACUGGAUGGUACCAUGCAGUUAGCAAGAUGACUAAACAUACACGUAGAAUUAAUUUAUUGUACAAACUGUCAAAGGUUUGUGUGAAAUAUAAGCAAUAUGUACUGUUAUUUGUACAGUAUAUUUGAAAAUGAAACGACAAAAUAUAAAUAAAAAUAAUAAAAUCA